GUCCAUGUCCUCGUCCUCAUUCUCAUCCUCUUUCUCAUCCACAACUGUCCUCUAGUGCUCCUUUUCUCCUCCUCUUUGUACCUAUACCAUAUCAUUAUUAUUAUUCUUUCGCUGCUUAACACUCUAUCGAUCACUAAUACUUAUCCGUCAAUAUGACCGAUAUCAUACAAACACGCCAAAGGAGCAGAAGCAGCGCCAUCGUCUCAGACAGGAACGCAAACAGCAGCGGCACGCGCCAGAACCUGACCAGUCCACUCCCAACCUCAAACUCGUCGUCCUCUUCCUUCAGCAGCAUUCACCACACCAUGAACAAUGGCCUCUAUCCACGCACCACGCCCAGCGAUCUCUACAGUGCCACCGGUGCCACCACCAGCACCUUCACCUCCACCUCCACCUCCACACCUUAUUCCUCGUCCUUGCAACCGCAGCAGUCACGGACAUCAAUGUCCUUGCUCCGACCAGGUUCAGGCACUGGCACCACCGGCGCCGGGACCAGGUUACGCUCAGGGUCCAAUCCUCCUCCUCCUCCGCUUCGCCGAGAUUUGUCCACUGCACAAACAAACGCCACCACUGUCUCCGACAACCUCUUUUCUCAACGGCAUGCUCAAAGGGAGAGCAGCGGCCACAGCAGCACGACUAGCAAUGGCACCGAUAAUACGAGCAAUAGCGCUCAAAAUCCAACUGAUUCGCACUCCAGAUCCUAUUUGUUUGAAACAGGAGACAGACAUCGAGCCAGUCCAGGACCGAGUGCGGGAGCCCUUUGGAACGGGGACGGAGCCUUCACUUCUGGAAUAGCAGUUGGAGCUGGCACAAGAGCCAGAGUCGCGACAAGUUCAGGAUCCAGUGGGAAGGAACCAAGGAACGUGGUCGCAGGCGCCAUAUCCAGCUUGACAGAAAAGUCCUCUGGUGCAAGUCCCAGUCAUGGCGCCAACCUGCAGUCGACAGCAAAAUCCUCAUCGUCAUCAUCAGCAUCGCCUGGGCUAACACGGAAACAUUCGCACUCUAUCUCUGUACCGCCAGUAUAUCUGGGUCGACUCUCUAAAAGUCCAACACCGACCAUGUCAGCAUCAUCAAACAUUGUCUCUUCAACGCCGCCACAACCACGGUAUUCAACCAAACCUAGCAUGCCUGUCAGUUCCUCACCGUCUGCAAUCAGUUCAACAUCAACGUCAACAUCUGCACCCAACUCUAGUUCUAGUACAGGCGUAACAGGCUCAACGGGAACAUCCAGUACGCAAGGAAGCUCAGUGUUGCAGGCCGCCUCUGCCGUGGACUUGGCAGGGAAACGACUGCGUGAGCAACAGCUUCAGGACCGAAUCAAGGCAGCACAGAGUUUCAUCGAGCGGACAGUAGGCCAGCCCUUGCCCUCAAGCGACCUGCACGAGUCUUUGAAGGACGGGGUCAUCCUUUGCCGGUUGGCGAAUCGGCUGCGGCCAGGCACUGUCGAGCAAAUCAGCUUGAAGAACCUCCCCUUUGUUAAGGUAAGACAGCGAGUCGGUCAGCGACAACAACCGCAAACAGACAGGGGCGACGUCGAUCAUCGCCAAUGCCGAUGGCGAUAAUUAUAGGCACGCCAACGACAUUCACACGGCAGCCCCUUCAGGAACUGCAGAUUCAGGAGGGAAACACCAUCACCUCCGGCCCUGUUACUGUUAUCCUUUCACCCGAGUACU